AUGGCCGUCAACGACGGCGCGUCCUCCAUCUCCGUCACCGUACGAGUCCGGCCGUUUACCAUUAGGGAAGCAGCGCAAUUAUCGAAGACCGACGACCAGACAUUAUUCCUCGGAGAUGGAUCCCUCGCAUGCGCACCUACACCAAAGCUCCACCAGAAAGGAAUCAAGCCCGUUCUGAAGGUUGUCGACGAGAAAUGCCUGAUCUUCGACCCCCCAGAAGACAAUCCGGUACAAAAGUUCUCAAGGCAGGGCGGACCAACGGGGAAGAGGGUGAAAGACCAGACCUUUGCCUUCGACCGCGUUUUCGACGAAAACACAACCCAGGGGGAUGUUUACGAAGCUACCACCAGGAGCCUCCUGGACAGUGUGAUAGACGGAUAUAACUGCACGGUGUUUGCGUAUGGUGCUACAGGCUGCGGAAAGACACAUACGAUCACCGGAACAUCACAGCAGCCUGGCAUUAUAUUUCUUACUAUGCAGGAACUCUUCGAGAAGAUUGGCGAGGUAUCAGAGCAGCGAGUUACGGAGGUCACUCUGUCGUAUCUGGAGAUCUAUAACGAGACCAUCCGCGAUUUACUGGUACCAGGUGGAAGCAAACAGGGGUUGAUGCUUCGAGAAGAUGCCAACCAGGCCGUCUCGGUGGCAGGCCUCUCUAGCCACCGGCCCCAAAAUGUCCAAGAGGUCAUGGACAUGAUCGUGAGGGGCAACGAGUUUCGAACUAUGUCGCCCACAGAAGCCAACGCGACCUCAUCCCGUUCUCACGCUGUCCUUCAAAUCAACGUCUCGUCCAAAGACCGCAAUGCUGCCGUAAACGAACCACACACUAUGGCGACCUUGAGCAUAAUCGAUUUGGCGGGAAGCGAACGUGCGAGCGCAACGAAGAACCGCGGAGAGAGGCUUCUUGAAGGCGCAAACAUCAACAAGUCUCUUCUCGCUUUAGGAAGCUGCAUCAACGCACUAUGCGACCCACGAAAGCGAAACCAUGUCCCGUACCGGAAUUCGAAACUCACACGACUUCUCAAGUUUUCUCUUGGCGGGAAUUGUCGCACAGUCAUGAUCGUAUGCGUGAGUCCCUCGAGCGCGCAUUUUGACGAGACUCAGAACACUCUUCGAUAUGCCAACCGGGCCAAGAACAUCCAAACCAAAGUCACUAAGAAUGUAUUCAAUGUCAAUCGCCACGUGAAGGAUUACCUCAAGAAGAUCGACGAGCAGCGAGCCUUGAUUGACGAGUUGAUGAACCAACAAAAGGAUUACGAGGGAGGCGCAAUGACCAAGUUCAAGAAGAUGGCUGAGAAGCGGGAAGCACUGGCUCGGGAAUCUAUCAUUCGCAUACGAGCCGCUUAUGAUCAUUCCGCGGCGGAACGACAGGAACGAGCAAACAUGAUGAGAAAACAACGACAAAUAGAGCGGCGCAUCUGCAUGAUACAGGCCUGGGUUGCGGCAUUCGACGCAAUUUGCGAAAAUAGAGACGAAGAAGACCCUCCUCCAGGGCUGGUGGCGAUGCGCAAGACGGCAACGGGAAUCCAAGCGGAGCUCGAAGGCAGCCGACAGCACUACCAUCAACGACUGACAAAGAAUAACUGGGAGCGGGCGCUUGACACUGCGCUGCAGGUUGGCUUACGACAACUGCACGAAGUUGACGGCAUCGAAGAAGGAAGUGAUAUCGCAAGUUUGACGCGGGAAGCUGAACUUUUGAAGUCCAUUGCCGAGAGAGAAGCCUACGUGAGCGUCAUGGAACAAGAGAAGGGCGGAGAUGCAGCCAUCAUCCAAGUGCUGUUACAGGCACACUUCGAAACGGUGGCCAUCCUUACCCAGAUUGCUACCAUGGAUGAGGAAGAAGCAGUGCAAGCAGCAAGAAAGGUGCUGGGGAAGGUCAUUGCGUCCUGCUCUGACGCAGCAUCUCAAGUAAUCAAGCCCGACGGUGGGCUCCCAGUUACUGAAAUCUUUGCUCCUUCGCGUCAUGGUACGCCGAAGAGGAGGAAGCCUAUAAACAUCAUGGGGCCGUCACCUAUGCGCCCAUUUGCCCUGCCCGCCGUCGCUGAGGCAGCACCUCACGUCAUGUCGUCACCAAUGAAAGCAUCCCCGCGACGCCGGAAGCUUGGUGGUGCUAAGAAGGGCAUCCAAUUCACGCCAAAGAAGAAGUCUCCCGGCAAAGGUCUGAAGCGAGGAGUCCGGUGGCGAGAUGAUACAGAAGAUGGAACUCUCGCGGAAUUCGAAGCCACACCAAAAUCGCUCGAGGACACUCCUACCAACUCCUCUAUCGACCUACCAGUCCCUACCCUCCCUAGCUUUGUGACAGAUCCAGAGCAGCACAGCUCGUCGCCACUCCCAACACCACCACAACCGACCCUCGAGGUUAGCAAACCACGUUCCAGCCGCUUCCAAACUGGCUUCUUGUUGAAGAAGCAUGAUGGAUCACCUCCGCCACCAAAAGCAAAUGGCAUGACAUCUUCUGAUGAUGAUUCCUCGCCGUUACGUGAGGUGAACGGGAAUGCACCACCUCAUCGCUCAGCUCUUCACGUCGUUCAAAACGCGUCUUCAGACAACGCACGCACCGAAAAUGGCGGCAACUCUUCCUCUUCGGAUGAGGAGAAAUGGACAGUAGAUCAGUCGGAGGCUAGCCAGAUCCGCUCCGCUAUCAAACGCCACUCCCUUACCAACCAGGGUGGGAUGAGUCGCACUCAUCGUCGACGAAGCCCUACCGCCGCGAGCUCGGGUAGCCCACCAAACGAAAACCUUUUCACAGCCUCUCACGCCAGGAGGAUGGUAAAGAGUGACCGCGAAGGCGACUGGAAGGGCAGCGUGCUAAGCCCGCGUACCGCUCCCAUCAUGAAGGGCGCGCUGCGGCGCACCACGAUGGCCGGCCCCGAGGGUCAUAUGAAGGAGGGUGCUUCUCUACGCGGCGGAGGACCUGUGCGGCUCAGCAGUAUUAACAGCACCACCUCUGUAAGGGGUAGCUUGACGGGUGGGUCGAAAAGCGUGUGGCGCUGAUUCUGAUUUUGACCUCGUGUUUGGGCGUUGCUGUAGGACAUAGGUGUCUCAUUGGAGGCGCAAACUCUCGGUUGCAUAAUGCAUCAUCCCCGGCUCUCAGAGCGCGAGAUUGGGGAUGCGGCGCGUUGGCGGGCUUCUUAUUCUGGUAUUGGGUUGGGCAUGGAGUCCUGGAUUCUUUUGGGCUUCUUGUGGGCUUUGUUCUUAGGGUAAUCCAGGUUUCGAU